AUGAGAGGAAAGCGAUCAAAGGCAUACCGCAAGCUGAUGUCGCAGUACCAGAUGAGUUUCGGCUUCCGAGAGCCCUACCAAGUUCUAGUGGAUGCGGAGAUUGUCAAAGACGCUACAAAAUCUAAAAUGGACCUUGCCGGUGGUCUCGAACGGACCCUCCACGGCCAAACGAAACCAAUGAUAACACAAUGCUCCAUCCGCCACCUCUACAAGCUCUCCGCCGCCGAAUUCCCAGACAAGGACCUCGCCAUUGACACGGCAAAGCGUUUCGAGCGCCGGCGCUGUAAUCACCACGAGCUCGAGGAGCCGCUGCCAGAGAAGGAGUGCAUUGAGUCUGUCGUCGUCCACAACGGCGAGAAUAAGCACCGCUACUGUGUGGCGACGCAGAUACCAGAAGUGCGACAGGCACUGAGAGCAGUGCCAGGGGUUCCGCUAAUCUAUAUCAACCGCUCGGUCAUGAUCAUGGAGGCAAUGGCGCCAAUCUCGACGAUAAAGAGGGAGAGGGGUGAGAUGGUCAAGUUUAGGCUGGGGAUCAAGGACACGAGGCCCAAACCGGCAAAUGCAAAUAAGAGGAAGAGGGACGACAAUGAUGACCCGAUGGACAUUGAUGAGGAAGAGGGUGAGGGAAAGGCUGAGGGUGAGGGCGAGGGCGAGGAAAGGAAGAAAAAGAAGAAGCAGAGGGGGCCAAAGGGACCAAACCCAUUGAGUGUAAAGAAGAAGAAGAAGCCCGAGGCGCCGAAGCCAAAGGGCGAAGGUGCUGCUCGACCGUCCAAGAAAGAUACCGGGGCGAGCGGAGCGGCAAAGGCAGACGGAGAAUCAGGUACACAGGAAAAGAGGAAGCGAAGAAGGAAGCACGGAAAAGGCAAUGCUGGCGAGGAGGGAGCUACUGGUGGCGAGGACAAGGCAUCGGGUGAAAGCAAAGUACCUGAGGUUGAAACGUAA